CCGCCAUUUUGAUACGCUCUCUUGUCUAUAAUUUUCAAUAGAUCGUCUUUAUGGCAAGGUUUUCCUGGCGGGAUAAUUAUGUACACAAUAUUUUAAAAUGGAAACUUGGUCUGAAUUGUGCCGGUGCUGCCUGUCUCCCGAUUCUGAGGUGUCACUUUUCGAUACUGAAGAAAAUGUACGGGAAAAGUUUUUGGAAAUUACCACAAUUGAGGUUCAAGAGGAUGAUGGCCUACCCCAAAAGCUGUGCGGUGAUUGCUUUACUCUUAUGACCACAGCUUAUCAAUUUCGCACACAAUGUAUGAAAGUAGACAAGGAACUAAAACUACAAUUAAAUACAUUAAUAACUCACAGCAAAGAUGAAGAAUUUUCACAAAUAGAAACACAACUCAAAACAAGCGAAGAUAUGACUAUAGAAGAUAUUGCAAAAGAAUCCAUGAAAAAGCUAGAAUCCAUCAUAAAAAAGGAACCAAAUGAUAGUGAUGAUGAUUAUUACUAUGUUGUCGUUGUUGAUAAUCAAAAAGAUCAAGGUGAUAAAUCAGAUGAUGAUAAAAGUAGAGAUUUUGUGAUAGAAUCAAUAACGAAAGAUGAACAUGGAAGUGAAGCAUCACAAAAACAAAGGGACCGUGAUUUUGAAAAUACAAUUGAUUCAUUUCUCGUGUCUAAUCCAAAAGUGCCUACUGAUGUGCCUGCCACUAUAUUAGAAAAUGAGGAGGAAGAACAAGAUAAUGGAGAUCAAUUUAAUGAGGGUAUGAAUGUCGAUGAAACACAAAACCGGGAUCUGGCAAUAAUUGAAAAUGCUCAAGAAAGACCCCACGAGUUCACAGUUCCUCUUUCUGGAGAUGUGUUAAAAAGUCUACCGAAUGCUAAAAAUUUCAUUAAAAUACUCACUCCUUCAGGCGCAGAAAGAACAAUUCUACUUAAAAGCGAUGAUGGUAUAAAAUAUGUAACAGAUCCCCUUUCUCUUAAAAUGGAAGAUGGGGAAUCGAUGUCACAAGAAGUCAUUUUGUAUGAGGGGGAUGAUUCUCCACAGUUCCAAUUAGUUAAGUGUGAUGGCUCAGAACUGAUCAUAGAGUAUGCCGAUGAUAGCCAAAUUGCUACUGUCCUCCAACAGGAAGAUGGGACAUUCCUCUGUGAUUGCGGAGAACAGUUUGAUGAUCUAGAUAAUUACGAGAAACACCAAUAUAAACAUAAUCCAGCGGGUGAUCACUUAUGUAAUCUAUGUGGCAAGGGCUUUGAAACUGCUGAAAUUCUAACUGGACAUAUGCUCCUUCACAGCAACCCGGUAGGGCUCCUAGUUGCAUGUCCAUUUUGUAAUCAAAAUAUAAAACGCAACACUCUCACUCAACACAUCAAAUAUGUACAUAACAGCAAACCUCAAUGUAAUGUAUGCUCAAAGACAUUUGCCAAUCAAAAUAACUUGAAACGACAUAUGAUGAUUCAUAGUGGUAUAAAAGAUUUUGAAUGUGACAUAUGCCUUAAAAGAUUCCAUCAGAAAAUAACAAUGCAGACACAUAGACUAACACACAUCAAUCCAUUCACGUGUAGCCAAUGUGGUAUUAAGUUUGAAAAUAAAUCUGACUUGGCGUCACACAGAGGCUCAGAUGAGUGCUCAAAAUCAAGAAUAAUGAAAGUUAAAGAAGAACUCAUGAAGACGGUCAAACAAGAAGUAACAACUAAUUUCGGAAAACUAUUGGGCUAUGCAUGUUCCUUAUGUAAAAAGAUGUUUUCUGUAGAGUCUGCAUUGGAACAGCAUGUAGAAAGUACGCAUAUUGUUGAAUCUGAGUGUCAAGAUGCUGAAAAGGGCUUAAAGAAAAGUACUAAAAGGUUUGAGUGCUGUAUUUGUGGCAAGGGAUGUGCCAGUCAAGCUAUGUUGAUAAUGCAUGAAAGAGUUCACACAAAUGAGCGACCGUUUCCCUGUCAGCUUUGCUCAUUACGUUUCAAGACAAAGACUCAUUUACGAACUCAUCAACUCACUCAUACACGCGAAAAGAAAUUUGGCUGUUCUGUGUGCAUGAAAUUCUUUGCUUUGAAAGGAAAUUUAGUCGUACAUUUACGCACGCACACCGGAGAGCGGCCAUAUGUGUGUUCCAUCUGUGGUGAAGCAUACAUUGAUUCUAAAUAUUUGAAAAAGCAUAAGUUGAAGAAACAUUCAAUUGAGAAUGUACCAUGGGACAAGUACUAAUUACCCUCUUAGUAUGUGAGAUGUUGGGACCUACCAUUCUAGAUAAAAUUCAGUAAAGCAGUAUAUUAUCAAGAUGUUUCUAUACAGAGGGGAUUUUAAGUACUGAUACUUUAGUAAAUAACAUUUUUUUCAAUAUUUUGUACCAUAAAAAAAUGUAUUGUAUGCUUAUAGUAGAGCAUAAUAUAUAUAGGUUUAUAAUAUAAUAUAUAUAUAGGUUUGCAUAAAAAAUGUCAUCAUCGAAAACUGUAUAUACUUUUUGUAUUAAGAUAGAGCCUAUAAAAAGAUUUGCAA